CACACAAAACAUAGGUCAAUGUCCCGUCCAGUAGGGGAGUAAGAAAAAUUAGCAAAGAAGGUGAAGCGCUUCUUGUUUUCAGUGUCUCAGACUUGAAUUCUCUCACAGACGAUUGGACAGACAGGAUGCAGCAAGCGGUGAUUUUGGUUCCCCUCCUGGUCUUGGGGUGGACAUGGACCCUUCAAGGACUCCCUGUACUCCCAGAACCUCUUUUCACCACUCAGGAGAACUUUGAUCUGACCCAGUUUUUAGGAACAUGGCAUGACGUUGCUUCGGCAAGCUCAUGUCCCUAUAUGCGACAUCAUCGAGGAGAUGCAGCCAUUGGUAAACUGGUACUGGAGGCAGGCACCACUGAAGGCAAAAUCAAGACAACUCGAACUGUACUCAGACAUGGAACCUGCAAGGAGAUGACUGGGGACUACGAGCUGACCUCCACCCCAGGACGAUUCUUCUACCACAUCACAAAGUGGGCUUCAGACGUGGAUGCCUACGUGGUUCACACCAACUACAACGAGUAUGCCAUAGUGAUCAUGAGCAAACAGAAAACAUCAGGGAAUAAGAGCACCUCACUUAAACUUUACAGUCGAACCAUGUCUGUGAGAGCCACUUUGCUGGAAGACUUCAAAGCACUGGUCAGACAGCAGGGGAUGAGUGAUGACACUAUCACCAUUAGGCAGGACAAAGGUGACUGUGUUCCCGGAGAGGUGGAGGAGCUGUCAGCUCAGACUCAGACUCAGACUCAGGUACUCACAAUACAUCGGAGGAAGAGAAACAUGGAGCUUACUGUGGAAACUGACGAGCUGGAGAGUUCUGGUGAUGAUUCGCCUCUCUUCAACUCAACUGAGGCCUGUAAUGCAAAACCAGAAACAGGGCCAUGUUUCGGGCUGCACCAACGUUACUACUACAACUCCACCUCGAUGAGCUGUGAACUCUUCAAGUAUGGAGGCUGUCUGGGCAACCAGAACAACUUUGUGACUGAGAGAGACUGCCUGCAGAGAUGCCGCACUGAGGCUGUGUGCCGUCUGCCCUUGGCGCCCCAUGCCUGCACAGGCCAGCCACCAAUCUGGGUCUUUGACUCCUCUAUAGGUCUGUGUCUUCCUUACAAGCAGGACUUUUGUCAGGCCAACGGCAACAAGUUCUACAGUAAGGCCGAGUGUGAGGAGUACUGCGGGGUGGUGAAUGCUGCUGAUGAAGCAGAGCUCCUGCAGGUAAACUGAUUGAGAUGCGGUCACAUCACUUCAUAACUCAAGAUGGAGAUUUGGUUUAGACAUUAGGGUUGCACAAAAAGUGGAGACGCUAUGGAGGCCUCCUCGUAGACAUUUUGAGCCUCCAAAUCUGGUGAAUUGUUCAUGUCAACAUAAAAGUCCUUUGUCAAGGCACUUGUAUGACCACCGAUCAUCAAUAAAACACCACAUUUCUCUGUU